GGGACUCUUUCAGUCUUGUGGCUGCAAUAUAUUAUUGCUGGAAUACAGAGGUUACGGGCACAGUGAAGGUUCCCCAAGUGAAGAAGGUCUGUAUCUAGAUGCACAAGCUGGUUUGCAAUAUUUACUACAAGUUCCUUUUAUUGAUAAGACGAAAAUUGUUGUUUUUGGGCGAUCUCUCGGUGGAGCAGUUGCAAUCGACCUUGUAAGCCGACCAAAGUUUGGUAAACAUGUGUUCAUAUUAAUGGUUGAAAACACCUUCACAAGCAUUCCAGAUAUAGCAAGACAAAUGUUUAAUUUUAAAAUCAUCAAAUGGCUUCCUGACUGGGCAUUUAAAAAUCAAUUUUUGUCUCUAAGAAAAGCCAAAAAAAUUAAGAGGCCAUCACUUUUUAUUUCUGGUCAAGCAGAUCUUCUCAUCCCUCCUAGUAUGAUGAAAGCACUUUGUCAGGCUUGUGGAAGUCCUAUCAAAAGGUUUCAUUCAUAUGAAUUCGGCUCUCAUAAUGAAACUUGGCAAUGUAAAGGUUAUUACAGAUCAAUAAACAUGUUUAUAGAUGAUGUUAUGUUAGCUCAACAGGAGAUGAAUCUCUGGCCUUCAACAAGUUUUGAAGAUGAAGGAGAAAUAUAUUAACGCAAUCAUAUCAAAACAGAACAUUUUCUGCAGAAAAGACUAUCCUCUCAUAUCUUCCCUAAUAAACUCGUUUUCCUUCAGUUUAAUCUAUAAGAAGAAAAAUCUUUUUGAUGUUUUAGCAUGUUUCAAGACAGCAUUUCAAGAUAUCUAAAACUUAAAUUAUUAGGCAAAUAAUUAUCUUGUGUGUAUUUAUUGUUUUGUUGGUUUCGUGGUCAUUUCUAAGUUGCUUGGUUGUAGCCCACUA